UGUAUAUUUCUUUUUUACAUUUUUAUCUUUGUAGUUACACAAAUUUUACAUUUUGACCGGUGCACUUAAAAACUAUUUAUUUAGUCCUUAUAUAAAUACUUUAGAUUUGAUUUUGGUUGUUGCCAUUAAAAAAAAAACUUAACAUUGUUAAAAGCGGAUGAAGUAACAAUGAUACGACAUCAACGUGUAUAUUGCACUGUAAAAUUACUCAUUAAAUUUCUUUAGUUUAAAAAAUUAAUUAAAAAUCUAAAAAAAUAAAAAUUCUACUAAUAACUAAACCUUUUUAGAAUUUAGAAUAUAAAAAUUCUACUAAUCAAUUUUAACCAAAUCUCCAAAUACGGUUGAAACUCAGUGGGUAGAGUAGGGGAUUUGCCAGCCAUGUCCGUUGAACUCAAGCUCUCUCGUUCCAAUCGUAUCUAUCGCCCUUCGGAAGCUCUGGAAGGAAAAAUCGUUGUCAAAACUCAGUCUUCAAUCUCCCACUAUGGAAUUCGCCUUACUGUCAAAGGAUCCGUCAACUUGCAGGUUCGUGGAGGAUCAGCUGGGGUUGUUGAAUCAUUCUACGGUGUUAUUAAGCCCAUCCCUAUUGUGAAUAGGACCAUUGAGGUUAAAUCUUCUGGAAAGAUUGGUUCUGGUACAUCAGAGAUACCAUUCUCAGUGAAUCUUAGACAGCGGGAUGAAAAUUUAGAAAGAUUUUAUGAGACUUUCCAUGGUGCAAACAUUAGUAUCCAGUAUUUGGCAACUGUAGAUAUAUCUCGUGGAUACUUGCAUAAAUCAUUAUCAGCAACAAUGGAACUCAUUGUUGAAAGUGAUAAAGCUGAUCUUCUUCAAAGACCACUUUCUCCAGAGAUGGCAAUCUUUUACAUUACCCAAGACACUCAAAGGCAUCCUCUACUUCCUGAAUUAAAAUCUGGUGGAUUUCGGGUGACAGGAAAAAUCUGUACUCAAUGUUCUUUGUCUGGUCCUAUUAGUGGUGAGUUAACUGUAGAAACAUCUGCAGUUCCAAUUCAUUCAAUUGAUCUUCAGUUGUUUCGAGUUGAGUCCAUUCUUCUCGGGGAGAAAAUUGUGACCGAAACCUCUCUGGUUCAAACAACACAGAUAGCAGAUGGAGAUGUGUGCCGCAAUAUGACGCUGCCUAUUUAUGUAAUAGUACCGCGCCUUUUGACCUGUCCAACAACUUUAGCUGGUCCCUUCUCAGUUGAGUUCAAAGUUGCCAUUGUUAUAAGCUUUCAGUCAGAGCUAAGUAAAUUGCACAAAAAAUCCGACCCCAAAACUCCGAGACUCUGGCUGGCAAUGGAAACAUUACCGCUAGAGUUGAUUCGGACAAAGUAAGAUGAUUUGAUUGUGUGGUUUCUCAAAAUAUGACUUGAUUUCAAUAUGGAACAUGGCUUUACUCAUGCAACAUUUGAUUUCUCAAGUUUCAUGUAAUGUAACUCGAUCUUCACACUUGCAACAUUUGUUUCCAGAUGAUUUACAGCAGCAAUGUGUUGACAAACAUUUCUUAGUCUCUCAUCCAAACUAAGCGAUUCACUCUGAUAGAAAAUGCUAGUUAUUUUAAAAAUCAUCACGGGUGGAUCUAGAACGCUACUCAUUAUAUUAAUUUGAAGAUACCUUUCUAUUUUAUGUAACUAAAAUUUAAUAUUAUUGUUAUCUUAA